AUGUCUCCAACAACCCCAAGGCGGAGGCCUCUCCACGAACGAUCCCAGUCUCAAACGAACGGACGGAGUCUCCCUACGACGGUGCGACUUAUACAGAAUCAGGAUUCGCAAGAUGAAACCAGUAUCUUCUCGACUACUCCUUAUCCGACGAAGCCAGAACACGUCCUGUUGCCGCCAGCGGGCGGUAACCAAGGGUCGAUUUGCGAGACGGGGCACAACGUUUCACAUUUAGCUCUCGAUCCAAUCAGAAGCCCCGGCUCAAGUGUCAGACGCGACCAGAGCCUAUCAGACCAUGGUCUAAGAGACGCUUCGGGCCAGGCCUCCACCACCACCACCCUCCAUGGCACAGUCUCCUCUAAUCAUACAUGGGAUGAUUCCCUCGACUCAAGCAAAACUUCCAUACCACACUCGAGUACUUCAUAUAAGUUAGACAGUGGCCGGCAGAACAAAGAGGAACGGAAUGACGACAAUUCAUCCGACAGCGAUGGUGUCCAACUUCCGCCCACAAUCAAAGUAGUUACCCAAAACUUAUCGUCACCUGCCACCGCUUCUCCAACCGAUUCGACCUAUGCCGAAACUGUGCCUGCUGAUGGAAGGUUAAGUCCCAGCCUUAUCCCCACUGGUCUAACUUCCAGUCCAACCUUUCGGCCUAUCGAACCUUCAUCGCCCAACUUCAUUCCUCUUCGAAGAUCCUCUCCGACUGAAUCCUCGCUCUUCGAAGUCAACUCUGUUGGAACUGUCAGAAGAUAUAUCCGCGCCGGUCAGCGGAACAGUACCUUGACAGAUGCUUCUUCAUCUGAGCUGCAAAGUGUAACUCCAUCCCCUUCCAUUCCUUCAAGUCCACCAAAUGCGGCAUUGAGAUCCUAUCAGUCCACUACAUCAUUUAAUCUUCCCCACCCAACAAGUUUCCGGCUCAACACAACGUCAUCCGCUUCUACUGGCAGUAGUCGAUCCAUUCCAGAUGGUCAGUCGUCCGUGGGUAGUAGAGCUCCCGUCCAGUACCCUGUCAUUCGUUACCCACAAACAAGUUCGCGGGCCGAAACUUCGCUCGUGCGGUCCAUGAUUGAGCGCUUUUCUGGAGGCUUGAACCCGCAUUUGUCGACCAUUCCCUCAGAGUGGUCAGCAGAGAGAUUACAAAGCCUUUCCCCUCCAUCACCCCGCGAUGAUCGCUCGGACGGUAGUGGGACAAGAGGUUCAUCUGAGCCUAAACGACACGCCUCUUCAAGUCCGUCGGCUAGGCCUGUUGAUAAAUCCAAAGCCGAGGAACACAGCGAUAACUUAACGCAUCUUCGUUCCCUACCCCUUCGACAAAAAACCUCUGGAACAUUAAGCCAUUCAUCGUCGUUAUCAGCGUUAAGCAACCCUAGAAACUUCCUUCGCUCGCCAAGCAACAGUUCGAUCCUCCACACGAUCCCUACUUGGGCCAGAGUAUACUAUCGGAGUGGUGGACUUGGACCCCAGUUUGCUUCUCUUUUCACAUUCGAAAGCCGCCCAUCAACACCCCCAUCUCCGCCCUCAUCAGCCAUCUCUGCCAAAUCUGCGGCAUAUAACAGCAACCCGCCGCCAAUGGUCAGCCGGACGCCGCUGGGCAUAAGUAACCCAAGAGUUCGCCCCCGUGAAAUCAGUUAUCCACCACGACCGGGUAACCCUACCCCGCCUGAGGAUCCCGAUGAUCCCGAUGACCGCGUUGAUGCUAUUGAACCCGUCGAUCCCACUGACCCGAGAGUCCACUGGGUGCCCGAUCUCGAGCAAUUCAAACACCCCAAACCCAUGGAGAACUUGCCGGGUGCAUGGUCUCCCCAUUUGUAUACGGACAAACGCGCCAAUAAUGUGCGGAGGAGCAUGUGGAAGCCGCCUUCGCUGGAUGAGAAGGCGGAGGGACUUAUAAGCCGACGCAACGUACAGGUUUAUGCUUUCGCUCUGGGUUUCGUGUUCCCAUUGGCCUGGAUCAUUGCCUCCUUUCUACCUCUCCCUCCCCAGGUUAGCGAAGUAAGUGAGGAGGCAACCACUAGCCGGCCGGAUCUGGAACAUGCGUUCCGCAAUCGUGUUGUUCUGGUGGACCAGACGCGGCAUGAGAACGCGAGAUGGUGGCGGAGGGUUAAUCGCUUCAUGUUCCCAAUUGGGCUGGCAGUUAUUGCUAUAGUGGUGGCGCUGGCAGUCCUGCUCGUGGAAAGACGAUGA